GUGCAUAGUUAAUUGAAUCAUUUGCCUGUGAACAACCGAGACGUCUAGAACUAAGCACACCUGCAAUUGGCUUAUUAAAUUUUAACGCGCUUUUAUUUCAAGAAUUAGUGAAAAAUAAAACAAAUUUGUAACAACAUGGCUCAAGCUCAAAUUGCCGGCAAAGAAAACAUCACAGACAACAUGGAAAAAUUCUCUCUAAAGAGCCCUAGCAAGAAAAUUCUGACGGAGAACGCCAACAACGUUCGCAAAAUGUCCGUAACAACGGAGGACAAUGGCACCAGCAAGGGUGCUCAGACGAUAAUGGAGAAGAACGCGGCAACAUUUGAUCCGACGGUGGAACCGCUGCUCCGUGAAAAUCCGCGUCGUUUUGUUAUCUUUCCCAUACAAUAUCAUGACAUCUGGCAGAUGUACAAAAAGGCCGAGGCAUCAUUCUGGACUGUGGAGGAAGUGGAUCUGUCUAAGGAUAUGACUGACUGGGCACGCCUAACAGACAAUGAGCGUCAUUUCAUUUCGCAUGUCCUGGCCUUUUUUGCCGCCUCCGAUGGCAUUGUUAACGAGAAUCUGGUCGAGCGCUUUAGCCAGGAGGUGCAGAUUACAGAGGCUCGUUGCUUCUAUGGCUUUCAGAUAGCCAUGGAGAAUGUCCACUCGGAGAUGUACAGCGUCCUGAUUGACACCUAUAUACGCGAUCCGCAACAGCGCGAUUAUCUAUUCAAUGCAAUUGAAACAAUGCCGGCAGUUAAGCGCAAGGCCGACUGGGCGCUCUCUUGGAUAUCCUCCAAGGCAGCUAACUUCGGGGAGCGCAUCAUCGCCUUUGCCGCUGUUGAGGGCAUCUUCUUUAGCGGCAGCUUUGCAUCAAUCUUUUGGCUGAAGAAGCGUGGCCUUAUGCCCGGCCUCACUUUUUCGAACGAACUGAUCUCCCGCGACGAGGGACUACAUUGCGAUUUUGCCGUCUUGAUGUUCCAGCAUUUGGUGCAGCGUCCCAGCCGCGAGCGCAUCACUGAGAUCAUCGCGGACGCUGUUAAGAUUGAGCAGGAGUUUCUCACUGACGCGCUGCCGGUUAAUUUGAUCGGCAUGAAUUGCGCACUUAUGUCCGAAUAUAUUGAGUUUGUGGCCGAUCGUCUGCUGGUUGAACUCGGGGUCGGCAAACUGUACAACACAAAGAAUCCGUUCACAUUCAUGGAAAUGAUUUCGUUGGACGGCAAAACCAAUUUCUUUGAGAAAAAAGUGGCCGAAUAUCAGCGAAUGGGCGUCACAUCAAAUCGUUUAGAUAAUGUGUUUACGCUUGAUGCGGAUUUCUAGAGUCGCCAACGCUAUCCUCACAGCUGCUGGUACCGGGUGUUAUUUUUAGCGAUUGCAAUUACAUUAAUCCUUAACUAUUUCUCUAGAUUUUAAGCUCAUUUUCUGACGCAUAGGCAAAUUGUCAUUCCCUUUACAAAACUUUAUAAACUCAUUCAAUCAUUUUGUCUACUGUA